AUGUAUCAUUCUACAAUGACAGUCAAGAAUUCCAGGUUCACCUGUCGCGCUGUUGACUCGCGGCGACCGUUUCUGCUGUACAGUGACCGUCACACGUUGAUGUACCUUCCAUCGGACUCCCCUCGUGCCACACCCCUUCUGCCACAACUGGAAAACGCUGUGUCGUUUGACUAUUUGUACCAUGUGAACGGCACGAUAUCGAUUUUCUGGGCGGAUGUCACGUUGGACGCGAUAUUUCGCGUGGAAGUGGACGGAAAAACCGCUUCACAACCGCGUGCCAUCGUCUCGACAGGCCUUUCAACUGUUGAAGGAAUCGCCGUCGAUUGGAUCACCGAAGUAAUUUAUUGGACGGAUAGCCAUCACGAUCAUAUUCAGGUCGCAAAAAUUGAUGGUUCAAUGAGAUCAACUGUGGUGAAAGGUGGCAUACACAACCCAAGAGAUAUUGCAGUUGACCCCAGCCGUGGCCUGAUGUUCUGGACUGAUUGGCAGGACGAAAAUCCACGAAUUGAACGGGCAACAAUGGCUGGGAAAAAUCGUAUCGUAAUCUUCAAGGUGCAUGGAAAUUUUCAGUGUUUUUUUCGACUUUUGCAUAGUCCGCAGCAAAUAUUGCGCAGUUCAUGGAGUUGCUGA